AUGGUGGUAACGCCGUCGGCCGCAACGAGCGGCGGCGCCAUAAAGCUCUCGUCUUUCGACAGGCCUAAUGCCACGGUGCCGGUCACGGCGUUCCUCGUGUUCAAGAAUCCGAUCCGUGACGCCGCCGAGACCAUCAAGAGAGCACUGUCCCGAGCGUUGGUCCCCUACUACCCUAUCUCCGGUCGUAUUGUUGCAGGACCUGGCUGCGGCGGCGGCGAUGACGACGAGGAGCUCCACAUCCAGUGCAGCGGCAAGGGCGGCGUGGCAUUCAUCGCUGCGUCCGCCAACCGUGCCUUGAAGGACGCCGAAUUCUUUGCCAGAUUGCCUGACACAAGGACGCCGCCGCUGGUGGAGGAGCUCGCCGUCUACUACCCGGACGGGCAAUGCGGCGCUGCCGACCCGUUGCUGCUGAUGCAAGUGACGGAGUUCUCCUGCGGUGGGUUCGUCGUGGGUGUGACCUGGAACCAUGGCGCCGCCGAUGGCACCGGGAUGGCCCAGUUCUUGCAGGCCGUUGGCGAACUCGCGCGCGGGUCGCCAUCGCCGUCCCUUGCUCCGGUCAGAUGGGACGAUUCGCUCCCCAGCUUCCCUCCGCCCACCAUCUUCCAAUCCUCUAAGCCCUUGGGCAGCGUCGUCUGCCUCGACAUCACCGUCCCCUCGAGCUCCAUCGACCGCAUCAGAGCUGAGUUCCACGAGCGCUCCGAUGGCCGCCGGGAGACGUGCACCAUGUUCGAGGCAGUCGCCGCCGUGCUAUGGCAGUGCCGCACUCGCGCAAUCGCGUCCCGUCCCGAUUCUGUGGCUUUGCUCUCUUUUGCGGCUAACGUGCGUAGGCAUGUGAACGCUAAGGAUGGCUACUACGGCAACUGCACCGGGGCGCCGCUGGUAACGGCGACGGCCGGCACUGUGGCGAACGCGGAGGUCACCGACCUGGUCGAGAUGAUCAAGCGUGCCAAGGAUGGGGUGUAUGACCAUCUGUUCGCCAAAAACGACAACGACUACGACCUGGAUGAGAACCAGCUCGACGAGCUUCUGUACAACGCGCUCGUCCUGUCCUCGUGGCGGAACAUCGGCUUCGAGAAGGCUGACUUCGGCGGCGGGACGCCGGAAAGGGUGAUGUGCUACAUGCAGCCGUCGUUUGUGAGAUGGCCGAGUUGCAUGGUGAACCUGCCGUGCAAAGAGAAUAACGGAACCAGUAGUGUGUAUUCGGCGUGUGUAAGGGAGAAGCACGCAGAUGCCUUCUUAGGCGAGCUAGCAAAGUUUACAUGA